CACACUAGCAAUGAUCCCUACUGCUUUGUGGAGUUUUUCGAACACAGAGAUGCUGCAGCGGCUCUGGCAGCCAUGAACGGGAGGAAGAUACUGGGAAAGGAAGUCAAAGUAAACUGGGCCACCACCCCAAGUAGCCAGAAAAAAGACACUUCCAAUCACUUCCAUGUUUUUGUGGGUGAUUUGAACCCUGACAUUUCCACAGAAGAUGUUAAGGCUGCUUUCACACCAUUUGGGAAAAUCUCCUCCCCAAACUCCAUACAAGCAUUGACCAGGAAAAAUAAAGAAAUCUGUUAACAGGCCACGUAUGCCAUUUAAUUCCUUUUUUCUCUUCUAAUAUUCUCUAUAUAUUUCUAUCUGUAGGAAGAGCACCAACUGCAGAUUUUAAGAAUGCAUGGUAAUCCAUAUUCAUUCCUUUGUGAAUAUUAAUCAAUAGCUUACUGUUGUGAGAAUUGAGCCAAAGAUGGUGCUCUGCUGGUACACAUCCAGUAGUAUCAGAGUAUUCAGUACUCUAGGCUGCAUGUAUUUAUUUGUAUUUGUUUUUUGUUUUGUUUUUUUCAGUGUUUCUUUGAAGUUAUUUAUCAGUUCAGUGCUCUCAGUAAAAAAAA